AUGAGCUCCUCUUCCUCCGCCGCCGCCCAAGCAUCUGCUUCUAAUGCUGCUGCUGCCAAUGUCCCCCCUCACCUCCCUCCCCCGUCCUCCCUUGUCACGACCGUCACCCCCGCCGCUCUCUCCUCGCUCGCAAUAUACAACCCGUCCCUCGGCCCCACCGAGAAGUCCGUCCAUGACCAGAUUGUCUUCUACACCUCCCGCAAGGGCUCCGUAAGCUCCGACACAAAGCUCAGAGAGAUUGGCCUCGCCCAGGGUAUUGUUGAGUUUGCCCGCGGAUUCUCGAAAACCGAAAACUUGAGUUCAAUAGAGACCCAGAAGUCGCGGAUCGUCACGCUGGAGAUUGAGGAGCCUGGAUGGUGGAUUCUAGCUCAAAUCGACUUGACAUAUAUACACAACCCGUCCACCUACCCGCCCACCGUUGAAUACUCCUCCCGCGAAGUUGCCCCCCCGCUCGUCCUCCUCGCACAGAUCCGGCAGGCCUACAACCAGUUCCGCUUCCACUACGGGAGCUUCGCGCAGAACCACGCCAAGCUCGGCCGCACCGCGUUCUGCCGCCGGCUAGAAAAGUACUGGCUGCGCUGGGCAUGGGGCCGGUGGGAGGUGAUGCUUCACGGGUCGCCGGGGACGGUGGCGUUCGGCGAUGGCGGGAUCAAGAUGGUGGGCGGCAGGCCCGGGAGGGAGAUUGCGGAGGAGGAGAGAAAGUUCCUCAGGACGUGGGCGGAGAAGGAGAAGACAAAGGGGAUGGUGGACAUGGUGGUGUUUAGGUUCGGCGACUUUAUCGAGGAGGAGAAGGAUAAGGACAAGAACAAGAGUGCGCAGAGUGGGUAUUGGUUCUGGGGGAAUACCACGAAGGCUGUCGCUGCAGCAAUGUCGACGACUUCCACGCUGCCAAAGGGAAAUUCUUCAAAGGGCCCGGGAAUCAUUAUGCCGCAGGAUGGCUGUAUUUUCCCUGGCACGGGCUCGCUGGAGGCCUGCUCAGUGAGAGAUAUCGCAACAUAUAUCAGCGAGCUGUACCAGUACGGCGAUGAUAUAUCACGGAGGUCUGCAAGUGGCAAGCAGAAGAAGAACCGUAAGAGGCCAAAGGGACUAUUUAACAAGACAUCCGGUUCAGGAUACUCUGCAGAUAACAGCUCUGUAGAGAGCUCGCCGAGAAGGAGUCUCUCAACAGUUAGGGAUGAAGCUAGAUCUACCCCACCGCCUCCUGCUGCCGGAUCAAAUCUGAAGCCUUCGGCCGACGAAGCUUCUGAUGAGAGCAGAGGAAGAAUGGGACAGACGGCGACAGCAGAGGAGUCUAGAAAGAGCAAAAUCACACUCAAUUCCAAUGCCAAAAUCUUUAAUCUUCUCACAUUUGGAUGGAGCGGUGGCUCGACCAAGAGCGCAGCAGCCAAUGAUAGUAAUACCGGUACUACUAAUACGCCCACUGUGGCUAGUGGUGUUACUCCUACGAGUACUACAACUGCUGCUGAUGCUACUAUUACUUCCUCAUCUGAGCCAGAGCCCACGCCUCCGCCAAUGACAAAUGUAGACCCAAUGGAGCAUGUUGAGAGGGCCCCCCAAGAGCAGUUGGCGGAAAUGAUGGCAACAGCAGCAAGAGAUGCACAAUCCACGGGCCGAAUAACGAGCAGGACCGUCUGGGCAGAAAGAAAGAAACCACCACCAUCACCACCACCAUCACCACCAUCACCAGAACAAGACAAUGCUUCCAGAAGUACAGAAGUAGCAGUCGCAGACGCAUCAGGAAAAGGAAAGAGAAAGGACAACAGCAGCCAAGGACAAACAACACAGCAGGCUAGCAUAAACCUAGAAGAGUUCAGAAUUGUCGUGUACACGAACCAUCCGUUCAUCUUCGCCUUCAUCUUCGAGUCCACCUCCGCGCAACUAACCUCCCCGGCCUUCUACCGGACACUACACCACCAGCUCGCCCCCCUGCACGGACCGCUGCUAAAAUCCUCAAACCUCUCACCCACCGCAGCAGCAGAUCUAGCCAAAAAUGCCUCCUCUAGCAGCAAGCUGCACCACUCUGCCCCGCCAGCAAAACCGCCCUACGACCUCCUCUACAACCCCACCACGCUCAUGAUCCACUCUACCGUCCCGCCCAUUCCCGAGCCCGGGCCCGAGUCGUCGCAGCAGCAGAGCGGCUGGAGCCGCGCCGAGGCCUUCCACGUGCACACGCUCAUCCUGGGCAUCCUGUGCGAGACCAUGCGCGACCGCGCCGAGCAGGAGCGCAGCGCGCGCAGCACUCGCGGUUGGUGGAUCAACUGGAUGCGGCUCGACGGCGGCGAGGAGGGCAUCGUGGUGAGGCGCGCGGGGGAGAAGAAGUCGGAUUUGACGGGCGGCGGCGCUGGUGGCGGGGCUGGGGCGGGCGCAGGCGGCGGGGAUAUUAGGAGGUAUUUUGAGGGCUUGGUGAGGGGCGUGCGGUAG